AUGGUUUCAAAGCGCAAAAAAAUUGCAGCUGCUAUUAUUGUUAUCGAUUUUUUGAGCAAAAAACAAAAAAAGCCGAGAAGUGUGCGGGAACGUAAAUGGAUUCAAAGAAGAAAAUUGCAUGGUGCGUAUAAUGCAUUAUCCCGAGAACUUAGAAUGGAAGACCCUCCACGGCUGAGAAAUUUUAAAUUAUUGCGUCAAGCAAUAAGUGUUGGUGAACGAUUGAUGUUGACUCUUCGUUUUUUGGCUACUGGUGAUUCUUAUGCAUGUUUAAGCUAUUUAUAUAGAAUUCCAGCAAAUACCAUUUGUGGAAUCGUACCUGAAGUUUGUCAAGCUCUGUCAUAUGUAUUGCAAGAAAAAGGAUUUUUAAAGGCUUCAAAUUCUAUUGAAGAUUGGAUUACAAUUAGUAAUGGAUUUAUGCAAAAAUGGAAUUUUCCACGGUGUUUUGGAGCUGUUGACGGAAAACACGUAAUGAUACAAGCACCGCCCAACUCUGGAAGUGAAUUUUAUAACUAUAAAGGUUUUCAUAGCAUUGUAUUAAUGGCAGUUGUAGAUUUCGAAUACAAGUUUAUAUUAGUAUAUAUCGGUUGCAACGGCAGAUAUAACGAUAGCAGUAUUUUUUUACGUUCAGAAAUUGCGCCUUAUUUGGAAGAACAAUUACUUCAUAUGCCAACUCAAAAAUUACCUGGAGGAAGUAUACCUGUUCCACACGUAAUACUCGGGGAUUCUGCUUUUGGCUUACAGCCUCAUUUAUUGAAACCUUUUCCUCGUGAUACUGCAAAGAACAAUAUGCUUCAUAGAGUUUUCAAUUAUAGAUUGUCUAGAGCCAGAAAAACUGUGGAAAAUGCGUUUGGAAUCGCAGCUAGUGUCUUUCGAGUUUUACGAAAACCUAUAAUGCUUAAACCAAAUAACGCUGAUCGUGUAAUUUUUGUUAUCACUUGCUUUCAUAAUUAUUUACUUACUAAGAAAAACACUAGAUCAUUGUACACACCCUUUGGAAGUUUAGAUCAUGAAACUUCCGAUGGUCAAAUACUACCAGGUACAUGGAGAGAACUUCUUCUGGAGGGAUGCCUACCAGUAGUUUAUUGA